CCAAUGAGGGCGCAGCACCAGUGUUGUGCUCAGGUGGACGAACUUUCCUGUCAAGAUGGCAGCCGCCGUGUCCGUUAGAGGUGCCGGGGAAUCCAGCGGAGGGAGCUGGGAGAGCGACCAGGAUGACGGGGAAGUGUUCAUUCCCGAGGAGGAGGACAGGGGGGAGCCUCGGCUGGAGCCCCAGGAGAUCCGGAUCCGGAGCCGGGUGGAGAGGAUGAAGAGGGAGGUGAGGAACCGGAGGAAGAUCCUCAUCAAGGGGCUGCCGGGAGACAUCGCCAACCAGGAAGUCCAUGACCUACUGGCAGACUAUGAGCUGAAAUACUGUUUUGUUGAUAAAUAUAAAGGAACUGCUUUUGUUACAUUGCUGAAUGGAGAACAAGCAGAAUCUGCCAUCCGAAGAUUUCACCACACUUCUCUCCGUGACCGCGAGAUCUCGGUGCAACUGCAGCCCACAGACUCCCUGCUCUGUAUCGCCAACCUACCACCCGGUUAUACCCAGCAGCAGUUUGAGGACUUGGUCCGCCCGUUUGGUAAUCUGGAGCGGUGUUUCCUGGUGUACAGCGGUGUUACGGGACAUGCCAAAGGCUAUGGCUUUGUGGAGUACAUGAAGAAGGACUCUGCUUCCCGGGCCAAAUCAGACCUGCUGGGCAGGCAGCUGGGUUCCCGCACGCUGUACGUUCAUUGGUCAGAUGUGACCCAGCUAACCUAUGAACUGCUUCACUCCCACUGCCUGUGUGUGGAGCAUCUGAAGGAGUGUGAGGUCACAGAGCUGAAGGCUGCCUUCUCCAAAUCCUGCACCCCCUCUUUCUGCCAGCUGGCAUAUGGCCAGGACGGUCAGUUUAAAGGUUUUGCAAUUGUGGAAUAUGAAUCGGAGGUGAUGGCAGAAGUAGUCCAGUGGCAGAUGGAUAAUGCAGCUGUAGCAGGAAGUUGUGUACGUGUUUCGUUCUGUGCUCCAGGACCUCCAGGGAGAAGCAUGCUAGCUGCAUUGAUUGCUGCGCAAGCUACAGCAAUAAAUCGAGGAAAUGGUCUUCUCCCAGAGCCGAACAUGCUGCAGAUUCUGAACAGCCUGGGUUCUGCCGCCACACUACAACUACUGCUCAGCCCCCUACUGCAUGGGGCAGCUGGGAACAAGCAAGGACUCCUAGGUGCAGCUCCUGCCAUGUCUCUUCUGGCCAAUCCUGGUUUAUCUACCGCUCUCCUGCAGCUGGUACUGCAGGCACAAAGCCCAACACAGAAGCCUGGGAUUCUGGGAGACUCCCCCCUUGCCACAUUAUAUGGAGCUCUGGGCCUAUCACCCCAGCUCACUCCUCCAGGAAAACCUCUUAUACCAGAUCUAGGAAUUGGAGGCUCCCUUCCAGCUGUGGGUCUUCCAUCUGAUUUGGGUACCUCCCAGCUACAGCAGUUUUUGGGACCUCAGCCGCCAGAAUGGGAUAGCCCCCCACCUACCCCUGUUCUAAGCUCCAUUCUUGGUGGGCUGCCAAAGACCACAGAGUCAGCGAUGUCGCUCCUUGGCGAACCACCUGUUCAUUCUGGGCAAUUCAUGAAUUUCCAUGGCCGGAUCCCGAGCACAACCUCACUGGGUCAAGCAAGUAAACCGACCGCCUACAAGCAAAAAGCAGCAGUGCCCAGAGUUCCUCUGGCUUCCUUGCAGGAGUCCAUGCUGACGCCUACAGAGGGCUAUCCUUUUGACUUUCAGGCAGAGCUACCACUUCAAACCUUUUCCCAAAACCGGGACCGUACUGUGCCAAAUCUGAGUUCAUUGGAGCCCAGGAAUAAGGUCUCACCACCUUCAAGAUAUCGAGAGCGCAGUAGCAGUAUGCCGGCUCCUCUGCCUCACUAUAGCGCUGGAUCCCCUACCUCUUACUUCACCAGUGGAUUUCAUGCUGGGCUGCAGCAGACUCACCUGAACAAAGCUGUGGGCAUGCCUCCUACCAGUCCAGGAGGAGUGCUUCUGGAUUAUGAAGAUCAAGUGCUAACCUCUGGAAAUUCCUGUAAAACUCCCAUUGGAGCCCAAAAACGAGGCUUUUCUCACUUGAUCCCAUCCCCUGAGCCAAGCCCCGAGGGAGGUUAUGUUGGACAGCAUUCACAAGGCCUUGGUGGGCACUAUGCAGACUCCUACAUGAAACGCAAGAGGAUCUUCUAGUGUACGGGAAGUCUGCAGGCUGCUUUAUAGAUGAGACCCAUGCCAGCUACAUUACCUUUUUGAGGCUUUUCCUCUUUUCUCGUUUUUAUUUACCAACUCCAAGCGCCUACGCUGCGAUUGCAGCUUGGACGUUAAGAAAUAUGUCAGAAUUUGUCAGAAGCUCAUGUGUAAAACACAGGUUUCCUGCUGCAAUAAAUUUUUAAGUUUUGAUGUUUAUUUAAAGGUUUUUAAAUGUUGUGUAGUUGGAAGGCUACACUUUUAUUUAAGAUGUCUGUCUUUAAUUGUAGCGCCUGUAAAUUCUGCCUUGACUUUUGUUUUUGCCCUUUCUGUCAUGUGGUAGUCUAGUCUUUCUCUCUUUUGUCAUGUUGUACUGUUGCCUUUCUGAGCCAAAUAAGGGUUCCUCAUCAGUAUGUACAUUAGCAACGUCUUAAAGAUUUUCUAAUCCAAUUGAAUUUUUGUUCAAGUUGCAUCUCUGCUUUCAACAGAACUUGUUGCAUGAGACAAUUACCAGAACCUGUAACGGCCAAGUGCCAAAACACAAGGCAGGGUGAUUAAAAACAGUUUUAAGGGA